AUGGAGAUCACUGUUCACUUGGGCGCAGCUCUGAUAAACAUGUAUGCUCGGUGCGGUAGCAUUAAAGAAUCUCGAAGGGUGUUCGAUAGAAUACCUGAGAGAGAUUUGAUCAGUUGGACUGCCAUCAUUUGUGGAUAUGGGAUGCAUAGACUAGCUGAAGAUGCAGAGCUUCUCUUUAGGUUCGAUGGUGUCACCUUCAUGGGGCUUUUGAUGGGAUUCAGCCAUAAAGGGCUGGUUCAAAAGGGUCAACAAUACUAUGGCAGAAUGAUCCAACAGUAUGGUUUUAAGCCUGCUCUGGAGCACCACAGUUCCAUGGUUGAUAAGCUUGGUCGAGCAGGUAGACUGGAUGAGGCUGAGGAGUUCACUGGAAACAUGGACGUGGAGCCUGAUGCAAGUAUUCUGAGGAUCGACCCUGGUUAUGCAGGUUGGUACGUCCUGAUGUCUAACAUCUAUGCGUUUGCGAGAUGUUGGGAUGGUGUUGCAAGGAUGAGGCUUCUGAUGGAGGAGAAUAGGAUAUCAAAGCCUCCUGGAUGGAGUUCGAUCGAGAUUGGAGGUCAAAUGCACACCUUCCUUGCGUUCGAUAAGUCGCAUCCUAGGUCGAACGAGAUAUACAUGUUUCUCAAGGACCUCGAAAAGAGGAUGCGUAUCGAGCAUUAUGUGCCGGAGAUAAAAUGUGUGCUAAGCAAAUUGGAUGAGGAACACAAGGAAGACAUGCUCCGUGGCCAUAGCGAGCGAUUAGCCAUUGCAUUUGGGAUCUUAGGCACAGGAGAUGGUGAAGUGUUGAGGAUGGUGCUUGCUCCUGUGGUGACUAUUGGUGAGAGUGGCAUUCCCAGGUUGUAUCAGGGUAUCGGGCGGUCGACCUCUGGCUCUCUCUCAUGCAGACUCUUCCUGGUCGCAGCUUUUCCAUCUCUAAAAUAUACCUGGUUUGAUGGUGCAAGAACUCUUGCUUAG